AGCUUGUUGGGAAGCAGUCAACUAUGAGGCUUCAUUAUCUGCUAUUUGUGUUCCUCAUCUUGUUCUUGGUCCCUGCUCCAGGGGAUGCAUUUGUACCAAAAACCCUCCGAAAAUUUUUCUGCAGAAUAAGAGGUGGCCGGUGUGCUGCACUUAACUGCCUUGCAAAGGAAGAACAAAUAGGUCGAUGUUCUAAUAGCGGCCGAAAAUGCUGCCGAAAGAAGAAAUAGAAGGCCCUGACUCAAACUGAGAAUGUGCAGGGUGAGGGUGUGUGUGUGUGGGGUCCUCCUGGGAAUGUAUGAAAGUAAAAUCAAGUUGCUAUAUAUAUAUAUU